UCGAAGGAAAUGAAACACUAUAAAUAUCCGCAAUUGUGGUUAUACUAUAUUCUCUCGCAGAUGUGCCUGUUUUACGUUUUUAUUACACUAAAAAUCGUGUUCUCAUAUAUGCGUAAAAAUCUACCAGAUGUGAUUUGUCGCGAACGAAGAACCGAACAACGUGUUUUCAAAUUUUUGGCAUUUUUUUGAAACUCGGAUUGUUUUUUGUGUUUUGGACGUUUUGAUUUCUCCUAACGUGUAGUACCUAGGAAAAACAAACAUGUCAUUCGCAAACACAGUUACACAAUACGCUGAAUCACAACGUGUUGGACUGACGAAUCAUACAUUUGCGCUACGAUGUGUUAUGGCUUAAACUGUUGUUAUGUCGAGCACUGGAUCGAUUGUAUCGCAAACUCUUUCUCAUCUGUCAGAGAAAGAACAUGGGUCUAUCUUAACCACAGACUAUUCCAUCAUCAGAGGAAAGAAUGUUUUGGUUAGUCCAUCUGAGGAACAAUACGAAUUGUUGUUGAGAAGAUUGAAAGAAAGAAUCCAGGAUGGAGGAAGUGAGACAAUUUUUGACAUUGGUGUUGCUGAAGAUGGAUCAGAGGAUGGAUUAAAAGAAGAUGAGUAUGAGGCAUCAGUUGCCACUUUACAAUCUUUGGCUGCAACAUUAGAAGCUGAUUGUGUACUUCUACGCCAAAGUAAAGUAGAUCAUGGUCUUACAGGACAAUAUCUAGUGAGAAGGCGGCUAGAUCGACAAGACUUCUUAGAAAUUAGAGUCGCGGUUGUUGGUAAUGUGGAUGCUGGAAAAUCAACGCUAUUAGGAGUAUUAACUCAUGGCGAAUUAGACAAUGGACGAGGUUUGGCACGACAAAAAUUGUUCCGUCACAAACAUGAGGCUGAAACAGGACGAACAAGUUCUGUUGGAAAUGACAUACUUGGAUUUGACAGCGUUGGCAACGUUGUUAAUAAGCCAGAACAUGGAUCAUUGGACUGGGUAAAAAUAUGUGAAAAAUCUUCUAAAGUGAUUACAUUUAUCGAUCUAGCUGGUCACGAAAGAUACUUAAAAACAACAGUUUUUGGAAUGACUGGACAUGCCCCAGACUUCGGCAUGUUAAUGAUUGGCGCUAACGCGGGCAUUGUAGGAAUGACUAAGGAACAUUUGGGUCUUGCCUUAGCAUUAUCUGUACCAGUGUUCGUUGUCGUGACGAAGAUUGAUAUGUGUCCACCGAAUGUUUUGCAGGAAAAUUUGAAGUUAUUAAUAAGGAUUUUGAAAUCUCCUGGUUGUAGAAAAGUUCCGGUUACAGUAAAGACACCUGACGAUGUGGUAGUUAGCGCUACUAAUUUUGUUUCAGAACGAUUAUGUCCAAUUUUUCAAGUGUCUAAUGUGUCUGGCGAAAAUCUAAAUCUCCUUAAAAUGUUUCUCAACUUAUUGACUGCAAGAAUUACUAGUCACGAUGACGAACCUGCCGAGUUCCAAAUUGACGAUACAUAUUCCGUGCCAGGAGUUGGUACUGUAGUGUCUGGUACAACUUUGAAAGGUAUUAUAAAGCUAAAUGAUACCUUACUAUUGGGACCCGAUCCACUAGGUCGUUUUACACCAAUAGCAGUCAAAAGCAUCCACCGAAAGAGAAUGCCCGUCCGUGAAGUGAGAGGUGGACAAACUGCUAGUUUUGCUCUAAAAAAGAUCAAACGAUCAAACAUUCGCAAAGGCAUGGUGAUGGUUGCACCGGCGCUUAAUCCACAGGCCUGUUGGGAGUUCGAAGGAGAGAUUUUGGUGUUACAUCAUCCUACAACAAUCAGCUCUCGCUAUCAAGCAAUGGUACAUUGCGGCAGCAUAAGACAAACUGCUUCCAUAUUAUCUAUGUCUCAGGAUUGUUUAAGAACAGGCGACAAAGCCUUAGUGCAUUUUAGAUUUAUCAAACAUCCUGAGUAUAUAAAACCUGGACAGAGGAUGGUAUUCAGAGAGGGUCGUACUAAAGCAGUAGGAAAUGUAGUAAAACUUAUACCACACUCAAAUAACACAAUGUCACAAUCUUCCAGGAUUAAUAAACCGAAUAAAACGUCACAGAAUCAAAGGCAAAAUAUAAAUAUGCAGACAUCAGAAAUGACCGAAGCUGAUUCUAUGCUCGAGGCACAAACGGCUAAACAGGAAAAUGUACCGCUAAAAUCUGGUGCAAACCAAAAUAAAAAAGGCAGAGGUCGAAGAGGAGGCCGAUCUCACAAUAUUGUCAAUAAUAUUCAGCCUUUAGCAGAACAAAAUCCUCCUACAAAAGUAUAAGAGUCCACACAUCGAUGUACAAACAAAAAACAUUAAGAAUCGCGGCUAAUAUAUCUCAAGUAAUCGUA